CUGCAUUAUAAGAAACCGUCUCUCUCUCCGCUCAGGGGUGAGUUUCUUCAGCACCUUCUCGACGCAGUUCAUGUGCGUCCACUCCUUUAACAUCUCCGCGCCGAGACUGUCACAGCGCGCAUCGCGCCACGACUAAUUCGGAGCCUUUUUUCCUUUCUUUCCGUGUGUGUAUCUCACGAUACAUUAUGGGAUUAUUAAGAGGGAGUUUUACACCUCGGCGCCAGUGAAGCAAACUUAAGGAAUAUUUGAAGGUGAAUCUGCUUCAAACACUGAGAUACUUCCAUCAAUACAGAAACAGCGCAAUUUGUGGAUAGUGAGGUUAAACCCAGUUUCAGGUGGAAUGCCAUAACCAGUGUGAGACUGUGAGAAACUGAGGCAUCAUGGACUUCUGGAUCUUCCCAUCAUCCCCUCCAAACCUUUCGGAGCACCUCAUCUAUGACAGCUUUGUGCAGGGCAAUGAGUCCAACCUCCAUGGGAACUACACAGACCACAGCUAUAACAGAACCAGCACGGUGGUCAUCACUUGCAUGUACUUUCUGGUCUGUGCCGUGGGGCUCUGUGGGAACGCCCUUGUCAUCUACGUCAUUCUGCGUUAUGCCAAAAUGAAGACUGUCACCAACAUCUACAUUCUCAACUUGGCAGUAGCUGACGUCCUCUUCAUGCUCAGCUUGCCGUUCAUCGCCAUACAGUUGGCGCUGGUCCACUGGCCAUUUGGGCCCGUGCUGUGCAGAGUAGUGAUGACUGUCGACUCCCUUAACCAGUUCACUUCCAUCUUCUGCCUGAUGGUUAUGAGCAUUGAUCGAUAUCUGGCUGUGGUGCAUCCCAUAAAGUCCACAAAGUGGCGCAAGCCCCGUAUGGCUAAGACUAUCAACCUCGCAGUGUGGGGGGUGUCGCUGGUGGUUAAUCUGCCUAUUGUUAUCUACAGCGGCAUCAUUACAAAGCAAGACAGCUGCUUCUGUACCAUUGUGUGGCCUGAGCCUCAAGAAGCAUAUUACACUGCAUUCAUGUUUUACACCUUCAUUCUGGGCUUCUUCCUGCCCCUUAUGGUAAUCUGCCUUUGUUACUUGUUCAUCAUCAUUAAGGUGAAGUCCUCAGGCAUUCGUGUGGGAUCCUCCAAGAGGAAGCGCUCAGAAAGGAAGGUGACCAGGAUGGUGUCCAUUGUGGUGGCAGUGUUUGUUUUCUGCUGGCUGCCUUUCUAUGUGUUCAACGUCACUUCAGUGACAGGCACCAUCAGCACCACUCCCAUCCUGAGAAGUACCUUUGCAUUUGUGGUGGUACUAGGAUAUGCCAACAGCUGUGCCAAUCCCAUUCUUUAUGCCUUCCUAUCCGAGAACUUUAAGAAGAGUUUCCAGAAUGUUUUAUGUCUUAAGAAGGUAGGAGGGCUGGAUGAAGCUGAGCGCAGUGAUAGUCGGCAGGACAAAUCACACAUGAUGAAUGAUCCCACAGAAACCCAGAGUACUCUGCUGAAUGGUGACCUACAGACCAGCAUCUGAGACGCAGGUGAUCAGAUUCUCACAUACUAGCAGACAGAUUAUCUGAGAAACAGUCGUCAGUCUCUCUAAUGAGAUAUCAGAAAGGACAUUAUUCAAGAGUGAACUAACUUAUUCAGAGGAACAGAGCAACAACAGAAAUUAAUAAUGUCAGAUUCCAAUGCUAUUUAUAGUACAUUCCCCAGUAUGUAAGCAAAUUGAUUAUUGCAUGAUCAUAAAUGCAAUCAAAUGCUUUCUAUAGGCUGUAAAUGAAAUCUGUUUGACUCUUCUCAGUCCUCAGUAUUGACUCUUAGGUAAGUUAGAGCAGACAUCAACACCCACUUGUCAGUGGUCCCCUGGUUGACACGGAUUUUCCUUGGACACCCAGGAUUAUAUACAUAGUUUACAGGAGAGGGCCUGUGCCAAGUUUCCAUGUCUCUUUAUUGUGUGAAUGUAACAAAAUAACAAUGUGAUGAUUUGCUGUAAAACAGCAUACUGUUAAUAAAACUGCAAGUUAUUAGAGAAAAUGGCUGUAUCUUUAGUUUUUAAUUAUUUGGGUGAUUUGUAAAUAAAUAAUGUUAUUUUUUAGACUAUGAAAGUAAUUGUCAGCACUGUUGUGUUUAUCAUGUUCUGUAAUGCAGUGGUCUUUGCUUUGUCUAAUUUGUGUGAGACCUUUUAGCCGUGGUACAAAAUGUAUGAAAUAUAAAUGUGAGUAACAAUGUUUAGUAAAUAUUGAGCCUGUUUUCACUUUUUCCCUGCUUUCCAUUCCAUUAAUAGUAAUGGCUUGGCAAAUUGUAUAAAGUCAGUCUCUAACCAAAGUGCUGCUAAGAUGUAUAGGAACUUGACUACAGUGCUGUAUAGUAUUAACUACUGUGAUGUCACCUGCCUGUUAUACUAGACUGAAUGCAUAUGGGCUACUGUUUCCUAUCAAUUGCUUAUCUACAGUGGAUAUUUAUGAAUAUCACAUAAUACUGCUGCUGUCACUGCUAACCUCAUUCAAAAAUGUUGGACAGUAUGAUGUUAAAUUCAUUUUGAAUCUUGAAUAGUGAAUCAACUUCUUGUUUUUAUGUCAUCUCAGUGCUGUUCAGAUAAUGUUUUAUGAAAAAUAAUUUGACUCUCCUUCUGUAUCCUCUCUGAAGGGAAGCAGAAUGUGUCAAAGGUCACCUGGUUACUGACCACAUUAUCCCUGUAUUGAAGUAGAGUUUCAAGGAGAGGAUGGGUCACUAUUGUUGCGGUUUUGAAGCCAUGAAGAAACAUUAACAUAAGCAGGACUAUGUUUACUUUGCUACUGUGGUCCUCUUUUUGAUAAUAUAAGGGACUAAACUUGUCUCCGACUGCCUCAUAGUAAUCUUUCUAACACUAACAAUUCAGUGAUAUUUGGGAGGGUAUUUGAGUAUGGUUUUUGAAACUGCAUGACUGAGUGAUGUAAAUUUGUGAAGGGCUAGAACACUUAUCCCCAAAAGGUUGAGGUGUUCCUUUAUCAUCAUCAUCAUCACAGUGCGACUCCAGGAGUCCUCAUGCCAUGAUGACAACCUGUGCCUCGCUGUUUGUUACUUGUAUCCGAUCACUCUCCUUAUGGUUUACCACUACAUGUGGAAGCACUCUCGUAUACAUUAAAGUUAGGGGUAGAUUCUGAUAACUACACAAAGAUCAGUGACUAUGUGUGAGUGCUUUGAGUUGAUUUGAGCAUCCAGCUAGCAACCUCUAGCCAGCAUGAAUGUUACUACUAAUGUAAGCAUGGUGUUAGAAUUUUGGGGGGCUGCAACUUCUUACCAUCGAAACACAUGGGACGCAUCUAGUGCCCCAUAUUUCUGUAGCAACAGUUGGUUGGUUGCAUAGAAACAACCAUUAGCAUGUUAAUAAUAGAGAUGACUCAAGGCAUGAAUUAUGAUUGUAGACAUGGCUUGGAUGACCAAAGAAAAAAAGAAUUAAAUGGGAAGGUCUAUCAGGAUCAGAAUCCCCAGGCUUUGUAACCAAACACCUCAGUUACAAUAAACCAGAAAAAAGUGUAAAGUUUUGUAUUAGUGUUUGGUACAAAAUGUAAGCCAGAGCUAACCAGACAUAUUGCAUUAUGUAUCAUAGUAGCAGAGAUUACAAAGAGAAGUGUUAUUCUUUAUUUAUUAAUGAAGGUUUUGUAAAAUAAUACCUAUACAUAUUUUUUUGUCAUAGUAUGUCAUGUCAUAACAUUUUAUAACCUAUUUCCUAUUUGAUAUUUGUCCCAUUAGUGUUUGAGUUCAAUGUGUUUUUUUUAUCGUGGAUUUUACCGUUUCUGCAGAAAGUUUAUAGCAAGUAUGUUUUUCCAGCUUCUGUUUUCUUAAAUAACAGCUGACAAACCAGGUUUGUUGAACAAAGAUUGUGUAUACCUGUGUUGAAAAUAAAUAAGAAAAAGUAA